UCGACGUCAACGACAUGGGCAGACGAUCUGAACAAGCCAAAAAGCGCAAGCGCCUGCUUGGUAGCUCUAUGAGCGGCUCGAUAAAGUACGCGAAACAUCCUCCCACGCAGAACACGGAUACAGCGUCGACUGAGAUUGAGCCCCUCGUCUCUGCGCAGGAUCUUGAGACCACCAUCUCGACCCUCGAGACCCUGUGCGAAUUCCCAGACGAGCUGAGCCGAAAGGAUGUCAAGGGUGUCAAAAGAGCUGUUCACGCCCUGAAUCGUGUCAUGGUAGACGGGGCCCCUAUAGGCACGUCCUUGUCGUCGAAGAUCUCGAGUGCGCUUCAAGCUUAUCGCUUCAUCGAUGCUCUCGUUCUGCUGUUUGAGAUGUACAUUCGGGAUCUGCCGCCGAAACUGGGCUCACUGCAGCGAUGGGUUCGAGAAUGUGAUGCAACCUUCUCUGUGGAUGGUCUCGUGCGCGAUACGGACGCGAUGCGAUGCCUGGAUCUGAUCCUUCGCAUCGCCGAUCGAGAAAUGGUGUCUGGUUCAUCACAAGGGGCGGGCGAUCUGGUCAUGCGACGGAGACCAGUUUGGAGGGCGAGAGAUCCUGUGGCAGAAGAGCUACCAAUAUGGGGAAUCUUGCAGCAGGGACGACUGUUUGAUACCCCUCCGCCCGUUCCGUUCCCCAAUUUUCGCCCAGUUCAACACACCCCUGGGCAUUUGCGCAAGCCACCGAAUGUCUACGACUCGACUGUGUACGCGUCUUCUCCAGGUGCAAUAAGGCUAUCGACCAGCCGGCCUCGGAGUCCUAGCCGGGUCGACGUCCCUGGCCUCCCCGGCGCGUUCGUGAUUCUUGACGUCUUCACUCCGGAAGAAUGCCUUCAAAUCGUACAAGCUGGAGAGGCCAUCGGUUUUGAGAGGGAUGAAGCUGCGGGGGGUUCUGCAGCUUCAAAGUCAUCGGCAAGUGUUCCAUCUGGCAUUCGCGCUCAC